AUGAGAGAAUUAGCUGAUAAAUAUAAUGCUGUCAUUGUUAAUGAUGACUGCCAUGGUGCUGGCGUUAUAGGGGCGACCGGCAGAGGCACGGACGAAUACUAUGGCGUUAAAAAUUACUCUGAUAUUAUAACUGGCUCAUGCGGAAAAGCAGGCUCUGGAUGUAAUGGUGGCUAUGUAUGCGGACCGGCAAAUUUCACUACUUAUCUUCGUCAUACAAGCCGUCAGUGGUUUAUGAGUACAUUCAAUAGUGUAGCCGAUUGCGCAGCUAUUAAAGAAUCGUUCAAAAUCAUGAGUGAUGAGCCAGAACAUGUUAAAACGCUUCAGGAAAAUAUCAUCUAUUUCAAGAAAAAUCUUUUAUCUCAAGGAUUCGAUCUUCCUGGUAUUAUGGAGGCAGGCGUUGUCCCAAUUAUUAUUGGAUCAGAAAGAACUGUUUACGAGGUUUACGAUAGACUAUUAGAACGUGGAAUCAUAGGUGUUGGUGUUCGCUUUCCAGCCGUACCAAAAGGUCAUGGCCGAAUGCGCUUUACUGUAAAUCGUGCCAUAAGUAAAUCGCAAAUGGAUUACGUAGUCAAUGCAAUGGUAGAAAUAAGGAAAGAAUUAGGCGGUCUGCCUGAAAUUACUGGAGAUGCUAUAGAACUCACGCGAGGAGAUCAAUCUAAAAAGCUUGUUAGCAAAGUUAUAACUUUAAGUAAAUCAGAUUAUUGA